AUGGCUGCUGUCUCCGACCCCAUGGACUUGGGUGCGCCCUGGGGGCCCGCGCGCCCCGAGCCCUCUCCCACCCGCUUCCACCCGGUGCACGGUGCCAACAUCCGCGUGGACCCCUCCGGGACGCGGGCCACGCGCGUGGAGAGCUUCGCUCACGGCGUGUGCUUCAGUCGCGAGCCGCUGGCCCCGGGCCAGAUAUUUCUGGUCGAGAUCGAGGAGAAAGAGCUGGGCUGGUGCGGCCACCUGCGCCUCGGCCUGACUGCGCUGGACCCCGCCAGUCUGGCGCCCGUGCCUGAGUUCUCGCUGCCUGACCUGGUCAGCCUCGGCCACACCUGGGUCUUCGCCAUCACGCGCCACCACAACCGCGUGCCCCGGGAGGGCCGCCCGGCUGCGGAGGCAGCCGUCCCCUGCCGACCCCCAGCCCUCCUGGUGGAACCGUAUCUGUGCAUUGAGCAGUUUCGCAUUCCCCGCGACCGCUUGGUGGGCCGCAGUCGGCCCGGACUCUACAGCCACCUCCUGGACCAGCUCUAUGAGCUGAACGUGCUGCCUCCGACCGCGCGCCGUAGCCGCCUGGGCGUUCUCUUCUGCCCACGCCCGGACGGCACAGCCGACAUGCACAUCGUCAUCAAUGGCGAGGACAUGGGCCCCAGCGCCCGGGGGCUGCCAGCUGCCCAGCCCCUCUACGCAGUGGUGGACGUGUUUGCUUCCACUAAGAGCGUGCGCCUGGUCCAGCUUGAGUAUGGCUUGCCAUCCCUGCAGACCCUGUGCCGCCUGGUGAUCCAGAGGAGCGUGGUGCACCGUUUGGCCAUUGAUGGGCUCCACCUGCCCAAAGGACUUAAGGAUUUCUGCAAGUAUGAGUGA